ACCCUUAAAAAUCGCCUCCUCUGUAGCAUACAACACAAAAAUAAAACAAAAAAUUUCAAUUACCUUCAAUUCACUUUCCUCCCAUUUCUUCCACAAACGCAGCAGCCCCCCAAACUUUCCUCUUUAUAAUGGAACAAGAACCCAAUUCAUCAUCUCCUCUCAUCAACAACAACAACAACGACGACGACCACCACCACCACAAAUCAAUGGAUCCCACUCGCUUAUUCCAGGACAAGGACGAGCUCCAAAAAGUCUUUAACCAAUUUGACUCAAACAGCGACGGCAAGAUCUCCGUCGCUGAACUGGGUGCUGUCCUAAAAUCAAUGGGUUCAACAUACACAACAGCUGAACUGGAACGCGUUAUGGAUGAUGUUGAUACUGAUAAAGAUGGAUUCAUUAAUCUUGAAGAAUUCUCCCAGCUUUGUAAAUCUUCUUCGGAUUCUGAUGCUACCAACUCUGAGCUGAAAGAUGCUUUCGAUCUUUAUGAUCAGAACAAGAAUGGAUUGAUUUCUUCUAGUGAAUUGCACCUGGUCAUGAGUCGGUUAGGUAUGCAGUGUUCUUUUGAUGAUUGUGCUAGGAUGAUUAAGAGUGUUGAUUCUGAUGGAGAUGGGUGUGUUAAUUUUCUUGAGUUUCAGAAGAUGAUGGAUGCUAAUGUCAAGAAUGGUACUGCUAAAUGAAAAAACCCAUUUGCGUACCUUUUCUUUUCUCUGCUUUUGUUUCUGAUUUUGGAAUGUUGGAUUGAAAUCUGGAAAUGGGCAGUCACUAAUGGAAGUGGGUUUUUUUUUUUUUUUUUACUUUGUAGGAAUGAUUUUAUGUUUUGGGGGUUUGUUUUUAUUUCUAGUGAAUUUUGAGUAGUACUACUGUUAAUUCCCUGAUAAAUAUGAUGAAUAAAUUAUGAACUGAUGGAAAUGCAAUUUGGAAUGUUAAUUCCAUUUGGGUAUUGUUA